AUGUCGGCGGCACAGGUGUCCUCGUCCCGGAGACAAUCUUGCUACCUGUGCGACCUGCCCCGGAUGCCCUGGGCCAUGAUCUGGGACUUCUCGGAGCCUGUAUGCCGCGGUUGCGUCAACUACGAGGGCGCGGAUCGCAUCGAGUUCGUGAUCGAGACCGCGCGUCAGCUAAAACGAGCGCACGGCUGCUUCCAAGACGGCCGCUCCCCGGGGCCGCCGCCGCCCGUCGGGGUCAAGACGGCCGCCGCCGCCGCCGCCGCCGCCGCGGAACAGCGCAGUCGCUUCGAAUACCCCCCACCGCCGGUGAGCCUGGGAAGCAGCAGCCACGCCGCGCGGCUGCCCAACGGUCUGGGGGGUCCCAAUGGCUUCCCCAAACCGGCCCCGGAGGAAGGACCCCCAGAGCUCAAUCGCCAGAGUCCCAAUUCGUCCUCGGCGGCGGCGUCGGUGGCGUCUCGACGCGGGACGCAUGGUGGGCUAGUGACGGGGUUGCCCAACCCGGGGGGUGGUGGAGGGCCCCAGCUCACCGUGCCCCCCAAUCUGCUGCCACAGACGCUGCUUAACGGACCUGCCAGUGCCGCUGUGCUGCCCCCACCGCCGCCCCACGGACUAGGCAGCCGGGGCCCCCCGACGCCCGCGCCCCCAGGGGCUCCCGGGACUCCUGCUUGUCUCGGGGGCGCGGCGGGCGUGUCGGUCGCGUCGUCCUCGGCGUCGUCUUCGACCUCGGCGUCGGUGGCGGAGGUGGGCGUGGGUGCCGGUGGCAAAAGGCCGGGUUCGGUGUCGAGCACGGACCAGGAGCGCGAGCUGAAGGAAAAGCAGCGUAACGCCGAGGCCCUGGCCGAGCUGAGCGAGAGCCUGCGCAACCGCGCCGAGGAGUGGGCCAACAAGCCUAAGAUGGUCCGCGACACACUGCUCACGCUGGCUGGCUGCACGCCCUACGAGGUGCGCUUCAAGAAGGACCAUUCACUUUUGGGCCGCGUCUUCGCUUUCGACGCUGUCUCCAAGCCCGGUAUGGACUACGAGCUGAAGCUGUUCAUUGAGUACCCCACGGGCUCGGGCAACGUGUACUCCAGCGCGUCUGGUGUGGCCAAGCAGAUGUACCAGGACUGCAUGAAGGACUUCGGCCGGGGGCUCUCUUCUGGCUUCAAGUACCUGGAGUACGAGAAGAAGCAUGGCUCGGGGGACUGGCGCCUGCUGGGGGACCUGCUGCCUGAGGCCGUGCGCUUCUUCAAGGAGGGCGUGCCGGGUGCCGACAUGCUGCCCCAGCCCUACCUGGACGCCAGCUGCCCAAUGCUGCCCACGGCGCUAGUGAGUCUAAGCCGCGCCCCCAGCGCGCCGCCCGGAACCGGGGCCCUGCCGCCUGCUGCCCCGUCGGGCCGGGGCGCAGCCGCCAGCCUUCGCAAAAGGAAGGCAUCCCCCGAGCCCCCCGACUCGGCCGAGGGUGCUCUGAAGCUGGGCGAGGAGCAGCAGAGGCAGCAGUGGAUGGCGAACCAGAGCGAGGCACUCAAGCUCACCAUGUCGGCUGGGGGCUUUGCGGCGCCGGGGCACGCGGCCGGGGGACCUCCCCCGCCCCUGGGACCCCAUUCCAAUCGGACCACCCCACCCGAGUCAGCCCCCCAGAAUGGCCCAUCCCCUAUGGCUGCUCUCAUGUCGGUGGCAGACACUCUGGGCACGGCGCACUCGCCCAAGGAUGGCAGUUCUGUGCACUCCACCACCACGUCCUCGCGGCGUAACAGCAGCAGCCCCGUGUCUCCGGCCUCUGUGCCUGGGCAGCGCCGCUUGGCAUCUCGUAACGGGGACCUGAAUUUACAGGUGGCGCCCCCGCCACCCACCGCCCACCCGGGCAUGGACCAAGUGCACCCUCAAAACAUUCCAGAUUCUCCCAUGGCUAACAGCGGGCCCCUCUGCUGUACCAUUUGUCACGAACGUUUGGAGGACACACAUUUCGUUCAGUGCCCAUCCGUCCCCAGCCACAAAUUCUGUUUCCCUUGCUCUAGAGAGAGUAUCAAGGCCCAGGGGGCUACCGGCGAGGUGUACUGCCCCAGCGGAGAGAAAUGCCCCCUAGUCGGGUCAAAUGUACCUUGGGCCUUCAUGCAGGGUGAAAUCGCGACUAUCUUAGCCGGAGAUGUUAAAGUGAAAAAGGAGAGAGACCCUUGAACCACAGGACAGCCACUUCCUUUGCCCUAGACCAGCUCCUCUCCAAUCCAGAGGGCCCCUUCCCCAUCCAUCUCCAACCCUCCCUCUCUUCUUCACCCCCAAGAUGUAGAAUUGUGAAUAUAACAAACUGCAAAAAGUUAGUCUUAUGUAUAGACAUUAUUUUCGUCGUAUGUUUCUAUAUUUUGAAACAAAGGUAUGUAACUUCUUCAUUUGAAGGAUAAGCUGGUUUGUGUUACACAGUAUAAUAUUGGUUGGGUCAUUUGCAUCAUAUUCGUUUGCAUUUAUUUGGUGGCAGAGUGUUUGUCUAGGUACAGAAUUAACAGCCCUUAGCAACGACUGCUGCUGGUGUGUAUUUUUUAAAUGUUAUGCACUCUGAAAGGAAAAACAC